AUGACUAUGCUAUCUAACGAAGACAUAAAAGUCCUCGAGUCCAUCCGCCAACGUCUCGCCACCCUUACCUCAUCCUUGGACAGCCUCCGUAAUCAAAUCCUCAUAUCUGAUCCUCUUCCACCAUGGCCAUCCCUCCACGCUCAGUCCCAGCUCCUCCUCACAGCAUUCAACGGCAAUAGCGGUAUGGGUGGCCUUCUCGAGCUUUUGCGCAACAACUCCACACUCCUCCGCUCUACAGUCGCCUACCCAGUUCCGUCGUAUCCAGGUCGAGAACAAGAAGCAUUGCUCAACCAGAUUCUGAGGAAGAAAUUAGAGCCGCAAGUUGAGGAAUGGGCGGAAGACGGCGAGACUAUGGGAAAGGAGCUUGAGGGCUUGGAAAUUAUUGGAGGAGCUGGGGAGGGCGAGGAGGACUCGUUCAAGAGAUUCUGGCGGUGGGCGAUGAUUGAAUCGAGCGAAAUUGGUAUGGGUUACAAUUGGCUGGGGCCUGAAGGGGAGGGGCCAGAAGCUGAAGAAAGUGAGGACGAGGAAGAGGAUAGCAGUGAUGAAGGGCAGGGAAAGAGCGAGAAGAUGAAAGGUGUUGUGAAGACUGGGGCCCAUGGUGUGGUGAAGGGAAAGGAUAUCGAACAAGACAAUCAUACCCCGUCGUUGCCAAUGGAGCAGAUUCUGCGGUUCUUGUGUAAAGGAGAAGAGCCGAAAGAAUGA